CGGGCGCAUGGCCGCUGCGGCGCGAUGAGUGGGGCGCGGGCGGCGCCGGGGGCAGCGGGCGAGGGCGCGGCCCGGGGGCUGCGGGUGGACGGGCUGCCCCCGCUGCCCAAGAGCCUGAGCGGGCUGUUGCACUCGGCGUCGGGCGGCGGCGCGGCGGGGGGCUGGCGGCACCUGGAGCGGCUGUACGCGCAGAAGUCGCGCAUCCAGGACGAGCUGAGCCGCGGGGGCCCGGGCAGCGGCGGGGGCCGGGCUGCGGCGGGGCCCGCCAAGCCCCCCAACCUGGACGCCGCCCUGGCGCUGCUCCGCAAGGAGAUGGUCGGCCUCCGCCAGCUGGACAUGUCCCUGCUCUGCCAACUGUACAGCCUCUACGAGUCGAUUCAGGAGUACAAGGGCGCGUGCCAGGCGGCCUCCAGCCCGGACUGCACCUACGCUCUGGAGAAUGGCUUCUUUGACGAGGACGAGGAGUAUUUCCAGGAGCAGAGCUCCCUCCACGAUGGCAGGGACCCUCCUCGGGACUUGUCACUGCCUGUCUCCCCGCUCUCCAGCAGCGACUGGAUUCUGGAGUCCAUCUAGGGGGUCUCGGGAGGGACGUGAGGGUGGGGCGGGCCCUUCCCACCGGACACACUGCCAGGCUUUGCUUCUCCUCUCGGGCAGGUGGCACGAACACAGCCAGUUGAAUUUGUAGGAGGGAGUUCUC